AACAAGUCAGUUAGUGAGUGAGACGGUGAGGAUGACGGUGAGGAUGAUUGCAGCAGCAGGAACUCACUGAAAGUCACGUAUUUAUUCAAAGGGACUCGAUUGAUUCAGGACACUCCUUAGUCCACAGCUAAAUGACCCUGGGUGGAUUCUCACCACAGCAGUUGCCCAACAGAACAAUCGGAAAACAAGGGCAGGAGAUCACAGGGUAAACUUUACUCCGCUCAGCUGAUCAGCGUGAUGGAGGAGUGAGGGAUCGAGCAUCUUCACGCUCACUGGCUAGAAUGAAGUCAUAAUGGCUUUGAGGAAGCUGAAAGUAAAAAUAGACCUACCAAACAGACCUGGUGAUUUUUACAAACACACCUGCCCUACUGUCACGGCAUGGCUAGGAGGAAGUACUGGGAGCAGCAUGACCUUAACAGACUGUGCUUUGGCCUGAGUGCUGACAUGGAACACAACGUGACGGAGCUUCAACAACAGCAGACGGCCCCAGAGUUUAACUCAAGUAUUUCCCUCGCUCAAUCUCCUUUCUACCCUGAUACCUAUCGCCUGAUGUCUGAUAAAGUACUACGGCCACAUGAGGGAGACCAGGUGGUCCCUUCCUCCCAGAGACGGAUAGUGUUGGGAGCCUUCCAGCAGAGAGAGCCCAAACCUCUACCACCUCUCCCUGAUCCUGAGGAGCUCAUGUCAGAUGAAGCAGCUGAUAAUGAAGUGGAAUUUUUUACCAGUGACCGAAAACGUCUUUUGCCCAAAAGCUGCCCCAAGGCAUCAUCUCAGGGCAAUAACAGAGACUAUGGGCAGGUGAAUCAUGCCUACCAGGAGAGGUUUGGGGAGCCAGGUCCUGCCAUGGCUUUCUCCUGGCCAGGGAGAGAGGACAGAACUAUGGUCAGCGGAUCAGCAGGUGGCUUCUCUCCUCUCUACAGAGGUGACCAGCAGCCCGUGACAUCAGCAGCUGGAGAGUCUUUGUGUGACAAACAGGCUGACCAUGCUUUGUCAUCCAGACUUCGUUUUUCUUUCUCUGGCUUCGCUUUUCCACCACAUCACAACCCCACCGCUGAGAAGCCAGAAAUCCCUCCUCGAAUCCCCAUUCCACCAAAACCUCCUUCUUUUCUAAAGACAAUGAGCAGCAAUGAUGAAGACAAGCCUCCAAAAAUUCCUCCCAGGGUCCCUUUAGUCCCACCCUGCCCACCACGUACCCCCAGCCCCAAAAGCCUCCCUAUUUAUAUCAACGGUGUGAUGCCGGCCACUCAGAGUUUUGCUGCUAACCCUAAAUAUGUGAGUAAAGCCUUGCAGAGACAGCACAGUGAGAGGACGCCCCCUGCAGCUCACUUUUCUCCCUGCAUUGUUCCCAUUCUGAAGGAUGGCAGACAGGCCAGUGCCACGCACUACAUCCUGUUGCCACCGGGCCGACCCCCACAUACUGACCGGAGAGAGAGACUUCUGAGUGAACCUGCUGGGAUGGGAAGCCCUAGCAUUUGGCAGAACCGAUAAAAGAAACUGGGAUUUUUGUCUUGAACUCUUUACCUGUCAGUAUUGGUUCCUCUGGUUCACACCCAGGAAACAUCCUAACAUUCCAGUGUUGUCACUAACAGAGGAUAAUGUUUACCUCCUGUAACCAUUCUGCUGCAGUGAUCUCACAGGAAAAAUGUCUAAUCAAUCAUUGGUUAUUGGGGCUGAAACUCUUUGUCAAUAAUCCAUGAUGACUGAACAAAUUAGUUUGUAAGAGUCAGUGUUUUUAUUUCUCACUUUUUUGAAGUUUCAAAAUGAUUUUCAGCAAGGGUGAUGCACUUAAAAUUCUUAUUUGUUUUAUAUAAGAUAAUUAUUUUAAGCUAGUUAUGCUUACAAUAUUCUCUAAAAUGUUGAGGCAAGUUACUAUCUGGGAGAUACCAAUAUUUUUUUUUUUUAGUAAAAAGAGGAUUAGACAAUUGUAAACACAUACUGUUGAGCAGCUAAAGUCUUAUAUUCAGUAGAAGUAGAAGGAUCAGCCUCAUGUCAUUAUCAAACUCAUCACUAUCACUAUCACCAUCACCAUUCAUACACAUAUUUAUGUGAUUACUGUGUCCACAAGCUGGGCUUGUGCAUGUAUUCUGAAUAACUGUUGCUGCUUUCCCUCUGAAACAUGUUAAUUCUGAUCCUUUAAAUGUUCUGCAGAACUUCACCUACAACACACUAAUGAUUUAAUGAUACCAUUUUGAGUAAACAUGACCAAUAUUGAAAAUAAUAGUUAUGGACAACAGUAUUUAUCACUAGAUUUACUUUUAUUUAUAAAUUUUCAGUAGAUUCUAAUUAGUGUCAACGUUUAUUCCCUUCCCCCUCCUUGAUGUAAUUGCACAUAUUUCACAAUCAGUUGUUUUUACUUUAGGGAUUCAGUGUAACACGAUGUGUCUGUGAAAUAUCUCACAUUAUCAUUUCCUUGUUUAUUUACUGUACAUUCUGUUCUCAUGUGCUUAGUAUUUAAUUUAUUUAUAAAUACUCAUGUGAUUCAAAUGUAACCUUGUGACUGAAACCUGCUGCUGCUCAGGUCAUCAGUGUUUUUAAAUGCUGUUAAAGGAUGUGUGUAAAAGGCGUGUGUAUAUGAAAAUAUCAUCUUUGUCCAAGACACUAAUCUGAAACUGGUUCAUAUUAUGUGUGACUAGCUCAAACUGCAUUUAAGGUCAAACAGGCAAAGACGAGACAGUGUUUGUGUGGAAAAUCACGUUACAUUGGUUCAGACCCUCACUGCUACACAGGUGGGUCUGAAGUUCUUGUGAAGGUUUUUGGGAUGAAUUUGAGCAGAUGAAAGGCUGUUUGUAAUUUAAUAAUUGUAUAAAAUGAAAAUGAUUGUUAAUAUGUUUUGAUCUAUUGACAUAAAAUAAAAUAACUUAUUCCUUUUAAAAA